AUUAUAGUACCAAAAUCUCUCACUAUUAUACCAAACCUACUUACUUUAUUAUCCACUGUAUUUUAAAAAAGAAAAAUCAUAUCAUAAAUAAGAAUUGGAAGGUUAUGAAUGUAACCUUUACUAACUCAUCAUUUCUUAGAAAAACGCUACACAGAGUCACAGAGAUAUUUGUUGAAGGGUUUUGCUAUUGUUGUUCGAGGUAAAGUUCCGAUGGCGAAGUCAUCGUCGUCGUCAUCAAACUCUGAAAAUUCCGGCGACCUUCUUUGCGUCGGAACGUUAGAAAUCGCUACUCCCAAACCUGUUGGUUUCCUCUGCGGUUCAAUCCCCGUUCCCACCGAUAAAUCUUUCCAUUCUUUUCAUUCCGCUCUUCUCCCAACUCCGCAAACAGUGAAUGCUCCGCGUUAUCGGUACCGAAUGCUGCCAACUGAAACUGACCUCAAUACGCCUCCGCUUCUUGCUAAUUUCCCGGAAAAGGUUCUUCCAGUUGGUGCUGUUCACUCCAAGACAACUGCCGGAGAUUUUCCAUGGGAAGACACUGCUAUUGCCUCAAAUUUCAAUAGAAAAUGUGAGGCCCUUGCAGUGUCAGGUCUUGUUGAUUAUGGCGAUGAGAUUGACAUAAUUGCUCCAGCAGACAUUUUGAAGCAGAUAUUUAAAAUGCCGUAUUCCAAGGCUCGGCUAUCGAUUGCUGUUCGUCGCAUUGGUGAUACUCUUGUUUUGAACACUGGGCCGGAUAUUGAAGAGGGUGAAAAGUUGAUUAGGAGGCAUAAUAAUCAAUCAAAAUGUGCAGAUCAAUCUUUAUUUUUGAAUUUUGCUAUGCAUUCAGUCAGAAUGGAGGCCUGUGAUUGUCCACCAAGUCAUCAUGUUCCAUCAGAAGAGCAAUCAAAUUCUUUUGUCUUUCCCGGAAAAACACCCCAUAUUGUUGUACAGAAUGAUGAUGAUGUUCAAACUGAAGGAUACAAUUGCCAAUCCGACUACUCACAAGUCGGACAGGACAGCUUAUUUUGGGGAAGCAAGAAGAAUAGGAGAAAUAAAAGCCAUAGUCCAGUUAAUAAGGUGUCGCAAGUUGGCGAAAAAACCAGAUCAUCAAUGCAGGAGUCUGAAAAACAGAGAAAAGUUGGUAAUGAUAGCUUUCUGAGAGUUUUAUUCUGGCAGUUUCAUAAUUUCCGUAUGCUCCUAGGAAGUGACCUACUUUUAUUCAGUAAUGAAAAGUAUGUUGCUGUGAGCUUGCAUUUAUGGGAUGUCACACGACAGGUCACGCCUUUAAAUUGGCUUGAAGCUUGGCUUGACAAUGUUAUGGCAAGUGUACCGGAGUUGGCCAUAUGUUAUCAUCACAAUGGUGUUGUUCAGGGAUACGAGCUUUUGAAAACUGAUGACAUUUUUCUCCUUAAAGGGAUAUCGGAGGAUGGAACCCCUGCAUUUCAUCCGUAUGUUGUCCAACAAAAUGGUCUAUCUGUUUUGAGGUUUCUUCAGGAUAAUUGCAAACAGGAUCCCGGAGCUUAUUGGCUUUAUAAAGGUGCUGGUGAAGAUGAUAUACAACUUUUCGAUCUUUCUGUUAUUCCGAAAAACCAUUCAUCCAACAGUAGUGAUGAUGCAUCUAGCUCCUUGCCGUCACUAAUUAGUAGUGGUAGAAGUGAUGCAGUAUAUUCCCUGGGAAUUCUCCUCUAUCGAAUUGCUCACAGGCUUUCACUCUCAAUGGCUGCUAAAAAUAGGGCUAGGUGUGUGAGGUUCUUUAGACAGUGUUUGGAGUUCCUUGAUGAUUCUGACCAUCUGGCGGUACGUGCAAUUGCUCAUGAACAAUUUGCGAGGCUGAUUUUAAAUUAUGACGAGGAGUUGCAAUUAACUCCUGAAUCUCUAGCUGUAGAAUGUGAACCAUCUGUUACUGAAGCCAAGGAAUCAUCUUUGGAUGGUGAAAACAAUAAUUCUGAACUAGUUGCCCUUGAAAUGUUUUAUUGGCAUACUGAUGACAAAUCAGGUGAACACGGGAAAGUACCUGAGCACUUAAAAUCAGAAGGUCAUGCAAAGAUGGUUUCUGAAGCACACAAUCUUGUUUCUGGGGAGCUUAUACCAGUUGGCAACACCCAAGGAGGGGUUGAACCUUGCUUGUCUUCUGAUGUUAGGUCUUCUGUGCAUGAUGUAUGUCCAGUUUCCACACCUGUGGUUCAGACGGUUGCUGAUCCAAUCUCAUCCAAGUUAGCUGCUGUACAUCAUGUUUCCCAGGCCAUCAAGUCUUUGAGAUGGAUGAGGCAGCUUCAGAGCACUGAACCUGAAAUGAUGGAUCAAUUUAAUAAUAAUGGUGAUAAGCCGUCAUCAUCUUUUAAUGUUUCUGUCUGUGCUUGUGGGGAUUCCGACUGUAUUGAAGUCUGUGACAUUCGAGAAUGGCUUCCAACGUCCAAGUUGAAUCAUAAGCUGUGGAAGCUUGUUCUUUUGCUCGGAGAAUCUUAUUUGGCACUAGCAGAAGCUUAUAAAGAGGAUGGCCAACUUUAUCAAGCCUUAAAGGUUAUACAGUUAUCAUGUUCUGUUUAUGGAUCAAUGCCUUCACAUCUUGAAGACACAAAAUUUAUUUCUUCAAUGGCUAGUUACUCAUCUUUACAGAGAGAACACAUUGAUAUGAAUGAAAAUAUGACUUUGUUGGAUGAUAGAGAAGCUGAGACUGUUUAUGGAUACAAUGAAAGGAAAUCUUCUUCUUACCUUUUCUGGGCCAAGGCAUGGGUGUUAGUUGGAGAUGUUAAAAUUGAGUUUCAUAGGAUAAAAGGUAAAGAAAUCUCAACACAAGAUAUAACAAAACCUGCUACCAGAGAAUUGAGAAUGUCAUCUGAGGUUGUGAAGGAAGUAAAGAGACUGAAGAAGAAGCUGGUGCAGUUGAACCAGAACUGCAGUUCAUGUUCCUUGGUAAAUUGCAGUUGCCAGAGUGACAGAGCUAGUAGUGGGAACAGUGCAAGUAGUAGUAGUGCAGAUGUGACCAUGACUUAUAGUAGAAAGCAUAGUAAACGGCUGUCUUCUAAACUUGCCAAUCACUUGCCUGCAAGAGACUCAGGAGGAGAGGGAGACGAGUUCGUUCAUAAAAGGGAGAGUAGAAAAGAUUCUGACACUGAAUAUUUUGAGCACAGUAAUUAUGGUGGAGACCUGACAGAAACUGUUGAAAAUAAUAGGGCUGAAGUUGAAUCCUCAUCUGCUAUGAACUCUAGAAAUAAUGAGGGGUCUUCAGAGAUGGACAAUUCGUGUUCUAGUGUUGUCUCUCAACCUGAAUUUAUUUCAAGGGAAACAGGUAAAGCAAAAAUUGGCGGGAUAUUCGAGUACCUAGUUGAGCCUCUAGUUGGAGAUGUAGAGCACAAUCUAUUAGCAGCUUUGAAAUGCUAUGAAGAAGCUAGAAAAACAUUGCUUAAACUUCCAUCUGGUUUGUCAGAGUUACAAUCAGUGAUUAAAAAGAAAGGGUGGGUUUGCAAUGAAUUGGGCCGAAUCAGAAUUGAAAAUAAAGAAUUGCAUAAAGCUGAAUUGGCAUUUACUGAUGCUAUAGAUGCAUUCAGAGAAGUUUCAGAUCACACCAACAUAAUAUUGAUAAACUGUAAUUUGGGACAUGGCAAACGGGCACUUGCAGAGGAGAUGGUAUCUAAAAUGGAUAAUCUUAAACUACAUAAUAUCUUCCAAAUCGCAUACAACCAUGCAUUAGAAACUGCAAAACUGGAAUAUAAAGAAUCCCUUAGAUAUUAUGGGGCAGCAAGGUUAGAACUAAAUGCCAUUAAAGAUGUUGAUGAUACUGGUGCAAACAGCUUAAGGAAUGAGGUACAUACGCAGUUUGCACAUACUUAUCUGCGGCUUGGCAUGCUCUUGGCAAGAGAAAAUACUACAGCAGAAGUUUAUGAAAAUGGAUCAUUGGAAAAGACUCGUUUUACUCAUACCAAUUCCCAUGGCAGAAAAGCAAAGAAAGAUCUAAGAAAACAUGAAAUUUCAGCUAAUGAGGCCAUUAGGGAAGCAUUAUCUGUGUAUGAGUCCCUGGGGGAGCUACGCAAACAGGAGGCUGCAUAUGCUUACUUCCAGUUGGCUUGUUAUCAGAGAGACUGUUGUUUGAAAUUUAUGAAUCCUAGCGAUAAGAAAAGUGUUUUGUCAAAAGGUGAAAACAGCAUGGUACAACGAAUCAAGCAGUAUGCAUCUCUUGCAGAGAGGAACUGGCAAAAAGCUCUGGACUUCUAUGCUGCCAAAACACAUCCUCACAUGUACUUAACUAUUCUGAUGGAGAGAUCAGCUCUUUCAUUAAGCGUUUCAAGCCAUUUACACUCCAACAUGAUGCUGGAAUCAGCUUUGGCUCAUAUGCUUGAAGGACGCCAUGUUUCAAAUACAAAUGAAGACGCUUUCAGUACUAGCUAUCCUGAACUUCAUGCAAAAUAUUGGAGUCAGUUGCAGGGGCUUUUGAAGAAAAUGUUGGCCACGGUGCUUUCAUCGAGUGCAAAUAAAUCUCUCUGCCAACCAUCUUCAACGUCUAGCAGAUUUGGUGAUAGUCGAAAGAUCAAGGAACUGUACAAGAUGUCCCUAAAGGGUACUGACAUGGUCCAACUGCAUACCAUGUACAGCUUGUGGAUAUCAUGAUAGGAAAUUUAUCAUCUCAUUCUUCUCUUGUUUACAUAAGUUCCAAGUAAUUUGUUUGCCACCUCUUUGUCAUCGAUUGUCUUGUAUAUUAGGAGGAUUAAGGAUUAUAUCCUUACUGUGUGCUGUUGUAGCUAUUGCUGUUGUUGUGUUGUACUAUCGGGUUUAGGCCAAUUCUAGAGGCUUCUAGAUUCAGUUACAGAGUGGUAUAAUAUAAAAUGUUCUAUAUAGUAAGUAGUAGUUAUGACAGUUAGCUUGUAUAAAUAUUAAAUACCGUGGUUGUA